AUGUUUCUUCUAGUCAUCCAGAAAAUUGGGCUAUGUAUUGGAUUCUAUGAUUUGCUCGAGUCUUCAGAUGGCCUGAUCGGGCAUGGUACCGGUCUCGUCAAUGUUAAUGUCAAAUUUCGUCUUAUAGUGUUCAGACCGUUCAAAGGAGAGAUCAUCCUUGGCAAAAUCACCAGCUCCAGCGAGAAUGGGAUCAAAAAGUUCUUCAAUGACAUCCUCGUGCCGCCUGAUCUGCUCUUGGAAGGCUCCCGAUUUGACUAUGCCGACCAGGUUUGGGUCUGGGAGAAUGAAGAAGGAGCAACAUUCUAUUUCGAUGUCGGUGAGAUAGUGCGGCUCCGGGUGGAAAUGGAGGAAUGGCACGAUCAGAUCCCCAACGCCCCGGAUCAGCAAGAUGCGACGACCGUGUCGGAACGAAAGCCGCCGUACUCGAUUGUGGUGACCGUUACCUGUACCGUGUACGAGCUUCAGCGGUGUUUCGGUCGCAGCGUCAUAGAUAGUUUGGUAGCCGUUGGAACUCGGCAGGCAGCAGAACAUGUCGAUGAUUACAUGUCCUGCUCUGAUGGCGUGCUAGCAAGGGAUGGAAAACGAUCUGAUAAAUCAUCAGCCAAGGCUCCAGAACCUGGGUUCGCGGCGGAAGUCUGGCAGAGAAUUCAUGGCACGCGGAACGCCGAAUCCAAGACCACGCCCGUGUUUGUUCAUGGCAGGCCGGAUCUUGCCUCUCUGGAGCUAAAAAAAGAAAGUCUUGGUAAUAAUAAUAAGAUGAUUCUGUCUAUCAUUGCUUUCUUCCUUGAAGAGAUUCAUUCAGAGACUCUACAACUCUGGGUUGUUCUCCUCUGUUCUGCAGCUUCGUCUUGCGGAAGCUUGUUCUGCCCCGCCAACGUCAGGAUGACUCUUCCCUCCAGCAAUCCCCAAUUGCGACCUGCCGACUCGCUCGAGACGCCUCCUCGCCCUCCAUCGCCAGAGCAUCGGUUUGCGACUCGCGCGGUGCAUUCUGGAGCGCAUCAUGAUCCGACCACGGGAGCUGUCAUUGCACCGAUAUCCCUUUCGACGACAUUCGCUCAGACAGGCGUAGGCAAACCCGUCGGAAAUUACGAGUACACGCGGAGCGCGAAUCCAAACCGAGAUAACUUUGAAGAGGCCAUCGCAGCACUGGAACAUGCGAAAUACGCCCUUGCCUUUUCGUCCGGCUCCGCAACUACUGCCAUCAUCCUGCAGUCCCUCGCGGCAGGAUCGCAUGUCGUCUCCGUAUUAGAUGUCUAUGGCGGCACACACCGGUAUUUCACCAAGGUUGCGGCCGCACACGGCGUGCACGUCACCUUCACGCCGGCCAUUGAGAUCAACGUCGAGGAGCUCAUCCGCCCGAAUGACACGAAGCUGAUUUGGAUCGAGAGUCCGUCAAACCCCACCUUGGGUCUGGUCGACAUUCGCAAAGUGGCCACGAUCGCGCACCGACAUGGCAUUCUGGUUGUGGUCGACAACACUUUCCUGAGCCCGUACAUCCAGAACCCUCUCGAUCACGGUGCGGAUAUUGUUGUCCACUCCGUCACCAAGUAUAUCAAUGGGCAUUCGGAUGUUUUGAUGGGCGUUGCUGCCUUCAAUUCCCCCGAACUCAAGGAGCGCCUCACGUUUUUACAGAACGCCAUUGGCGCCGUUCCGUCUCCAUUUGACUGCUGGCUCGCCCACCGGGGCUUGAAAACGCUGCAUCUGCGUGUGCGGGAGGCCACGAAGAAUGCGACUGCCAUCGCGCGGGCGCUCGAGGCGUCCCCGCUGGUCAAGUCGGUGAACUACCCGGGCAUUGAAUCACAUCCCAACCGCGCCAUUGCACUGAAACAGCACCGAGACGGCAUGGGCGGUGGAAUGCUGAGUUUCCGCAUCCAAGGCGGCAAGCAAGCGGCGGAGCGGUUCUGCCAGAACACGCGCAUUUUCGUGCUGGCCGAGAGUCUGGGCGGGAUCGAGAGUCUGUGCGAGGUGCCUUCCAGCAUGACGCAUGCCGGUAUCCCCAAGGAGCAGAGGGAAGCGGCGGGGGUCUUUGACGACCUGGUUCGCCUGAGCUGCGGCAUUGAAGAUUUGGAGGAUCUGAAAGCGGACGUGCUUCAAGCGCUGGAGAAAGCGGUAGCAGGAGCUUCUUCGACGAAUGGGACUGGAGCCGCCCAGACUCCAGUGAAUGGGAAUUCGUGA